AUGUCUGUUUUAAAACAUUUGGAAGAAAUAGCACAGUACAUCCAAGAAAAAUAUCCUACAUUUGAAUUUGGAUACAUAAGUGUUUCUAAUGAAGCAAUAAGUGACAAUAAUUUUUGUUCUUUUGAGACAGAUGUUGUAAAUUCAGUUUCUAAAUUAUUAAAAAUGAAGUGUAAUCGUAAGAAUCAACACAACAUAUUUAAGCGUUGUCAAGAGAGUUUUCGAGAAAAUGAAAUUGCUGAUAGCCCUAAAGAAUUAUCUAAAAAAAAAAUUUGUAUGUUAGGUCAAACAACUGAACUAAAUGAGAGUGCGGUGGUGUAUGUAAAGAGAAAAUUGUUUACAGACGAUUCUCCUAAAAAAGAAAACAAUUAUACAUCCAAUGACAUUGCAGAUGAUUUGUACAUUGGUUUGAAUGAAAAUGUUCUUGAAAUCAAUGAACUUGAUUGUAUUAAGUAUAACCCUGAUUUGCUUAGUAUUCCUAUUCAAAUUGAAGAUAAUUGCUGUAAUACAACGGAAGAAAUUGAUUAUAAUAAGAAUACCGUUUCUAUUAAAGCAAUUAAUAUCAAUGAGGGAAUGAUUACCACCCCUAAGCGGAAAUCGGUUAUUGUCUUCGCUUAG